AUGGAAUAUUGUCCGAUAAAAGGUGAAGGGAAGAAAGGGAUAAUUUCCAGGGCAUGGGAACGAUGCAUAUCAUUCAGCGGUGGCAUUGGGAGAAAGGCCCGCAAUUCAUCAGGAAAGCUAAAGAUGAAGAGCAAAUCUUGGCCCCGAGGUCUGACCGACAGCGUGGGCGUGGAGAUUGGGAAGAAAUGGAGGCGAGUGGCUCCAGAAGGAUGCUUCUCCAUCUACGUUGGACCCCAAAAACAGAGGUUUGUGAUAAAGACGGAGUAUGUCAACCACCCACUCUUCAGAGACCUACUUGAGGAAGCUGAAUCAGAGUAUGGAUACAGCAGCGAAGGGCCUUUGCUGCUUCCAUGUGAAGUUGAUCGUUUCCUAGGGGUACUGGACCAGAUGGAUUUUGAAGACAAUAUUAGAAAACAUAAGAGCCGUAACUUUGUUGCUACAAGAGUCAUUGGAGCUGUUACCACCUCCUUAAUUACUCCACCAAGAUUCCUUGCUGCUGUCGAUAAUUGA